GCCUGGAGAAGGGUGGCCCGGGAGGGUGCAACGGUGGGUGGUGGAGAGCAGUCCGUUCCAAGCUGCCAUCCAAGCCGCCUGGCCUGUGGCUGGCGGGUGGUGGGUCCUCAGAGGCUCUGCGGAACCUCUCUAGGCGCUUCUCUCCCUCUCGCCCGCAGCUCUGUCGAAGAUGCACUGGACACCGGAACACGCCCAGCCCCUCAACCAGUGGCCAGAGCAGCACCUGGACGUCUCCUCCACUACCCCGUCGCCGGCCCACAAGUUGGAGCUGCCCCCUGGGGGUCGCCAGCGCUGCCACUAUGCUUGGGCACACGACGACAUCUCUGCCCUCACGGCCUCCAACCUCCUCAAGCGCUACGCGGAGAAGUACUCAGGGGUCCUGGACUCGCCCUACGAGCGCCCCGCGCUGGGCGGCUAUGGCGACGCCGCCUUCCUCAAUGGCGCCAAGGGGGACCCCGAGCCCUGGCCAGGGCCCGAGCCACCCUACCCCUUGGCCUCACUCCACGAGGGCCUCCCGGGAACGAAGUCGGCCAGUGGGGGCGGCUCCGGGGGCCUCGGGGGCUCGCCGGUUUUAGCCGGGAACCUGGCUGAACCCCUCUACGCCGGCAAUGCGUGCGGGGGCCCGUCGGCGGCGCCCGAGUACGCGGCGAGCUACGGCGGGGGGUACCUGGCCCCCGGCUACUGCGCGCAGACGGGCGCCGCGCUGCCCCCGCCGCCCCCCGCCGCGCUACUGCAGCCCCCGCCUCCGCCGGGUUACGGCCCGUCGGGGCCUCUGUACAACUACCCCGCGGGGGGCUACGCCGCUCAGCCCGGAUACGGGGCUCUCCCACCGCCCCCGGCCCCGCCCCCGGCCCCCUACCUGACCUCCGGCCUGGCGGCGCCCACGCCCCUGCCCGCGCCCGCUCCGCCCCGGCCGGCGCCCACCUCCUACAGCUUCCAGGCGGCCGCUCCCGGCGCCGAGGCCGGCGUGUCGCUGAAGCGCAAGGCGGCCGACGAGGGCGCGGAGGGCCGCUACCGCAAGUACGUCUACGAGCCGGCCAAGGCCCCGGCGGCCGACGGCGCCUCCUAUCCCGCAACGGACAACGGCGACUGUCGGGGCAACGGGUUCCGGCCGAAGCCGCCGGGCGCCGCGGAGGAGGCGUCUGUCAAGUACGGUGGCGGCGUCCCCCUCAAGGUCUUGGGCUCUCCCGUCUACGGCCCGCAACUCGAGCCCUUUGAAAAGUUCCCGGAGCGCGCUCCGGCGCCGGCUCCCCGCGGGGUCUUCGGAGUGCCGUCGGGAGAGCCCCCCAAAGGCGUGGACCCGGGGGCCCUGGAGCUGGUGACGAGCAAGAUGGUGGACUGCGGGCCCCCGGUGCAGUGGGCAGAUGUGGCAGGCCAAGGCGCGCUCAAGGCGGCGCUGGAGGAGGAGCUGGUGUGGCCGCUGCUCAGGCCGCCCGCCUACCCUGGCAGCCCGCGCCCGCCGCGGACCGUGCUGCUCUUCGGACCGCGGGGCGCGGGCAAAGCGCUGUUGAGCCGCUGCCUGGCCACGCAGCUGGGCGCCACGCUGCUGCGCCUGCGCGGAGCGACGCUGGCCGCGCCCGGCGCCGCCGAGGGCGCGCACCUCCUCCAGGCCGCCUUCGCGGCUGCGCGCUGCCGCCCGCCCUCCGUGCUCCUCAUCAGCGAGCUGGACGCGCUGCUCUCGGCUCGGGACGACGGCGCCGCCACCGCGGGCGCGCUGCAGGCGCCGCUCCUGGCUUGCCUGGACGGCGGCUGCGGCGCGGGGGCGGACGGCGUGCUGGUCGUGGGCACCACCUCGCGGCCCGCGGCUCUGGACGAGGCCACCCGCAGGCGCUUCGCUCUCCGAUUCUACGUGGCGCUGCCCGACGGUCCUGCCCGCGGGCAGAUCCUGCAGCGGGCGCUGGCCCAGCAGGGCUGCGCGCUGAACGAGCGGGAGCUCGCGGCCCUGGUGCAGGGCACCCAGGGCUUCUCCGGGGGCGAGCUGGGGCAGCUGUGCCAGCAGGCGGCGGCCGGGGCGGGCCUCCCGGGGCUGCAGCGGCCCCUCUCCUACAAGGACUUGGAGGCAGCGCUCGCCAAGGUGGGCCCUAGGGCCUCCCCCAAGGACCUGGACUCGUACGUGGAAUGGGACAAAAUGUACGGCUCCGGACACUGACGGCGCGCCGGGAGGUCGCGGGAGCAGCCGCCCCUUCCUCCCAGCCCUUCCGUCCGGGAGGGGGAUGUCUUUAACCAAACCGGGCUGGGAGGGUGCCGGAGUGAUGAAUGUGGGCUGGGGGAGGGGCGGGGCUGCCGGUGGAUUUUUUUUCGUAGGAAGGAAAAUGCUUCUGCUAGGCAGAUAGAUGCCAUAUGCGCUGUGUACUCAGGUUUUUCCUAUUUAUUGUGGACGGGAAGCUCGCCAUCUCUGCCCAGCCGACGGGCCGACCCGGGAUGGGCUGGCACCCGGGGCCUAAGGAACUCCUGCGCCCUCUCCACAAUCCUUUUGUCUCCUCGCGCUCUGAAUGCGCCCCCCCCCCCCUUUCUCUGCAUUCGCGUAGUUUUUUCUCUCCGUGGCUUUGUCACUACUGACCUGUCCCUCAUAUGCUGGCCCCGUUUCUCUUUUGCUCCUCCCUCCCCUAUCUCUCCAUCUAUCACCCUCUGUGCUUCUGUCUCCAUCCCUUGCUCUCCAGCCUGUUUUCCCUUGGUCCUUCUCAUUCAAAGAAUGCAGUGUCCCUUUGCAGGAGAUCUGGAAGUCCGGGGCUGAGGAGGAGGGUGUGGGGAGUUCCCUCCCACCCCAUUAUCCCUCACCCAGUUGUAUCCUUGGGCCUUGGGGGGUGGGGGAAGGCAAGCAAAACAAACAAAACAAAACAAAACAAAACAAAAAACAAAACAAAACACCCAA